ACAAAACGACGAUACAUAUCGGAUGCUGUUUAAGUUUUAGUAAAGUUCAUAAAACUUACAAUUCCAUUCUCAUUUAAAUUUAAAGUAAACAUUUUAUUAAAUACAAUGGUUGACAUAAAAAAGUGUUUCUAUACAACCAUUCUCUCACAAACCAUUUCCGACGAUGGUAAAUUUUUGUUUUGUGGAAGUAAUUUUGGAGAAAUACUAAUAUAUAGUAUUGAUCGAAUUUCGUGCGUUGACAAUUCUGUUACUGACCCAACCGAACCGCAGGUCAUCUUCACUCUGCAAGAAAAAUGCCAAGUGUACAGUCUCUCUUUUCACAAAGAUUUUCUAAUAGCUGGAUUAAACGGAGAAAUUUGUGGCUAUCAAUGGAAUGCGAAAACAGCAACCAUCGGUAAAAAAGCCUGGACUGUUAAACUGCCUACUUCCGCUGAAUACACGGACAUAAAUGAAGUAAACUAUCUUUGGUUGGACAAGGAACGAGAAAUUAUAUACGCUGGUUGUGGAGACAACAUAAUGUAUGCUGUUUCCCUGGAAGAUGGUCGAAUCAUAAGAAAAUAUCAAGCACACCAGGAUUAUAUCCAUUGUGUUUCGGGUUGUGAGGGGAAAGUGGCAACUGCCUCCGAAGAUGGGUUGGUACUGCUGUGGGACCCACGACAAGCUAAGUUUACCGGUAAAAUAGAACCUCACUGCAAAGAAAUGUUAAAUCGACCAGAAUUCGGCAAAUGGCAAGGAACAGUGUCCAUCAACGAGGAUUGGUUAGUGUGCGGGGGAGGACCACGAUUCUCCCUCUGGCAUCUGCGUUCGUUGGAAUGUACAACAGACCUGGCGUUCCCGGAGCGAGUACAUGUAUCCGGAUUUAUUGACGACGUGAUCUACGCAGCCGGUCAUUGCAAGAAUUUUUACCAGUACAAUUUCAACGGGGACAUCACAGCGGAAAUACCGAUCUCAGCGCCAGCCGUUUACAGUGUGGUGCUGCAAACCGAACCGACCAAACUGAUGUCCAUUGCCGGUGCUUCCAGUAAUAUCGAUGUGUGCACGAAUUUUAGCUAUCGCGACAUCGUUCUCAAUACGUAUAAAAAGCAGUAAUCGAAUAGCGUUACA